AUGUGUGUAUGCCCUCCAACCAUUUGCUUGGUGUCGGAGCUGUGCAAAGGAUCGUUGGAAGAUAUUUUGUACGCUCAGACUAGAACACUCAGUCAACGUCGUACUACACGACAUCUGUUUGACGUUGAUGGUGAAGAUAGUAGUGCAGAAAUAUAUGACCAACAGAAAAUGCUCUUAAAGAUCGCAUACAUGCUUGACUGCGCUCGUGCUGUUGCAUACGUUCAUAGUUUCAAUCCGCCGUUCCUGCAUCGUGACAUAAAGCCGGCCAAUUUCUUAGUGGAUAAAGAAAACACUGUCAAACUCACUGACUUUGGCGACUCGCGUCGUUUACCACGAAAUUUGCCAAAAUCGAACACCACUAGUGUCAGCAAACCAAAGGAUCCUCGGAAUUCCGGAGCUUUUAUCCCUACGGAUUCUCAAUGCCAACCCCCACAGAUCAAAAUGACAGUUACUGGUACCGUAAGCUACAUGGCACCGGAAAUGAUCGGAUGUCGCACGGGCCUGGCAAGUUACGGGGAAGCUGCUGAUGUAUACUCGCUUGCCAUCACAUUUUGGGACAUUUUGUACCCAGACCGCGAAAAAUGUCCUGUCACCAACCCCAUGCUCUUGUUUGAAGGGGUGCUGAGUGGCUGGCGUCCGCCACUUGAAGAUGUAGAUCCAACUCACAAUGACGAGACAAUUCCUUUCAAAUUACGCGAAGUUAUUACUUGUGCAUGGCACAGCGACCCAAAUGUUCGUCCAACAAUGCCACAAAUUGUACACAUUUUGGAAUGUAUUCAGGAAGAGCUGCUCUCAGUAUUCGCUCAAGACCUUAGCGAUGACUUUGAAAAGUUGUACACUGGGUGUCAGAUUGUUUCGUCUGACAAGUGCUUCACUGGCGAGUUUCUGAUCAAACGAAUGGAAGAUUUGGCAGUCACAGAGUCGCGCGAGGAGGGUUUGCGUCUAGGACGCGCACUCAUGGAUGCUGGAUUCUUGCAUCAGCUUCACCAUGCCGAAGGAUUCGAAGGCAGCGACACUAUUUACUUUUCGACGAUAACAACAUAA